AUCUGACAGGAUUCAUGUUCUCUUUCAGGAGACGCUGAUAGAUUGGUGUGAUGAAAAGGAGCUUAAUUUGAUUUUAACAACUGGAGGAACAGGGUUUGCACCACGAGAUGUCACUCCAGAGGCCACUAAAGAAGUAAUAGAACGAGAAGCCCCAGGGAUGGCCCUGGCAAUGCUGAUGGGAUCACUUAAUGUUACUCCUCUGGGCAUGCUCUCUAGACCUGUGUGUGGAAUCAGAGGGAAGACUCUCAUAAUUAAUUUGCCAGGUAGCAAGAAAGGGUCACAGGAAUGCUUUCAGUUUAUACUGCCAGCCCUACCUCAUGCCAUUGAUCUUUUGCGGGAUGCCAUUGUAAAAGUAAAGGAGGUACACGAUGAGCUUGAAGAUCUACCUUCACCACCACCUCCUCUUUCUCCUCCUCCAACCACCAGCCCUCACAAGCAGACAGAAGACAAAGGAGUACAGUGUGAGGAAGAGGAGGAAGAGAAGAAGGAUAGUGGAGUUGCCUCAACAGAGGACAGUUCUUCUUCACAUAUAACAGCAGCAGCCAUUGCAGCUAAGAAACAUCCAUCCUACACCAGUUCAGCUGUUAUCAUGGCAAAAGGUGAACAUCCCAUCCCUGGUCUCAUCAGUUAUUACCAUCACGCAGCAGGCAGUGCGGGAGAACCGAUUCCAGAUUCCAUCAUCUCUCGUGGUGUUCAGGUGCUCCCACGUGAUACAGCCUCCCUCAGUACUACUCCUUCAGAAUCUCCCCGUGCCCAGGCCACCUCUCGUCUCUCCACUGCAUCCUGCCCAACACCAAAAGUCCAGUCUAGGUGCAGCAGCAAGGAGAACAUCCUCAGAGCAAGUCACAGUGCUGUUGACAUUACCAAGGUAGCAAGAAGACACCGCAUGUCUCCGUUCCCGUUGACUUCUAUGGACAAGGCCUUCAUCACAGUUCUGGAGAUGACCCCAGUGCUUGGAACAGAAAUCAUCAAUUACAGAGAUGGAAUGGGCCGAGUCCUUGCUCAAGAUGUAUAUGCAAAAGAUAAUCUACCACCAUUUCCAGCGUCAGUAAAAGACGGCUAUGCUGUCAGAGCUGCUGAUGGACCAGGAGAUCGAUUCAUCAUAGGGGAAUCCCAGGCUGGUGAGCAGCCAACUCAGACUGUGAUGCCUGGUCAGGUAAUGCGAGUUACAACUGGUGCUCCGAUUCCAUGUGGUGCUGAUGCUGUGGUGCAAGUGGAAGAUACAGAGCUCAUCAGGGAAUCAGAUGAUGGCACUGAAGAACUAGAGGUUCGAAUCCUGGUGCAGGCUCGACCAGGCCAAGAUAUCAGACCUAUAGGACAUGACAUUAAAAGAGGUGAAUGUGUGCUGGCUAAAGGAACCCACAUGGGUCCAUCUGAGAUUGGUCUCUUAGCAACUGUUGGAGUAACUGAAGUAGAAGUUAACAAGUUUCCAGUGGUUGCAGUCAUGUCAACAGGGAAUGAGCUACUGAAUCCUGAAGAUGACCUCUUGCCAGGAAAGAUUCGGGACAGUAACCGUUCAACUCUCCUAGCUACAAUCCAAGAACAUGGCUAUCCAACAAUCAACUUGGGAAUUGUGGGAGAUAACCCAGAUGAUUUACUGAAUGCACUGAAUGAGGGUAUCAGCCGUGCUGAUGUGAUCAUUACAUCAGGAGGUGUAUCUAUGGGGGAAAAGGACUAUCUUAAACAGGUGCUGGAUAUUGAUCUUCACGCACAGAUUCACUUUGGCAGAGUUUUUAUGAAACCAGGCCUGCCAACAACUUUUGCAACUCUGGAUAUUGAUGGCGUAAGAAAAAUAAUCUUUGCGCUCCCAGGCAACCCUGUGUCAGCUGUUGUCACCUGCAAUCUCUUUGUUGUUCCUGCACUGAGGAAAAUGCAGGGUAUCCUGGAUCCUCGGCCCACCAUCAUCAAAGCCAGGUUAUCGUGUGAUGUAAAAUUGGACCCUCGCCCAGAAUAUCAUCGGUGCAUAUUGACUUGGCAUCACCAAGAACCACUACCUUGGGCACAGAGUACAGGGAAUCAGAUGAGCAGUCGUCUGAUGAGUAUGCGCAGUGCCAAUGGACUGUUGAUGCUACCUCCAAAGACAGAGCAGUAUGUGGAGCUUCACAAGGGGGAGGUGGUGGAUGUCAUGGUCAUUGGAAGGCUAUGAUGUCACCAGCAAGAGCGAAGCUUUGAUGCAUGUCCACAUAUCAUUGACUGUAUCCUGUAAUAUGCAACGGCACAGCUAGUUUUUCUGAUUUGGAUAAAAGUUGAUCAGUGUAGUCAACAUCUUGAACUAUAUUUCAAAUGGAAUUUAAAUAAAUACCUUUUAAAAAAAACUUUAAAACAAAUCUUAACAAAGAAAUUUAUUCUGAUUAUAUCAAAGCAACUUUUUCCUUUCCUUGCAAUUGCUUUGUGUGUUCAAUGCUAGUUCUAAUAGCGGUAGCUUUUAGUAGACAGCAGUAGGUGCCUGCAGAACUUGUGUUUUUUCUCAUCUUUAAGAUACAACUACUUAUGCUCUUAAAACAAGGCUGUCUGCUUAUUUAUACUAGCGUAGACAACACUUGGAUUUCCCUUAUUAGUAUGCUUCAUAACCGCUUCACAGAGAGCUUCUGCUUGUUCUUUAUCUUGUAUCUCGUGUUGAUGUGCACAGUGCCAAAAGCAGAGUGGCUGCACUGGGAACCCAAUGAAGCCCCGAGGUUUUCGCACCUCGCUGCGCAUUCAGGGAUCUCUCUUGUCCCGGCAGCCACCCAGCUCAGUACUCUUGGGCAGUAACUGGAUACCUUUUAUUUCAACAAACAAAAAAAUUGCUUCCUUAAGUGCUGACAGCCUUUUUAACCAAUACAUUUAAAAAUGUACAGAACUAAAAACUAAAAAAAAUCAAAGACUGAUCUUGUACAGAUAUUAGUGUUACCAGCAUUCGUGUGGAAAUUAAAUGAGCAAAGAAAUAAAACUAAUGUUAAACAACUCUGUACCAUAACAUUUUCUGUAAUGAUAUUGAAACUUAAAUGAAUAAAAAAAAUCCUCAAUCAUUAUUUAAAA